UAACUUCAGGACUCUAAUUAGACACCAGGCUGAGGGACUGACAGGCAGGAGGAAGGAACAGCUGCCGGCCUGUGUGUGAGACAGAGCGCGCAGGGAGGGCUCUGACCACAUCUGUCUGAGGCGUUAGGAAGGAAGCCGAGGAGAAGAGAAAUGAGCUGAGUGGAGACGAGGAGUCAGGCUGUCUGCCCAGCGCGGAGGGCAAGGAGGUGGCUGGGAAGUCAGAGGGGCCCGGAGCAUUUGCCCGGUAGCACCAGGUCCCGACAGAGCUGCAGAGCCCGAGAGACCUUCGGGGCCAGAAGAACUCCUUGCUCCUAGCAUCCUUCUGCCACCCCUGGCGCUGGGAUCUCUGAAGCAUGGAGGAGCAGCUGUACUGGGAGGCCUAUGGCGACAACCAGACAAGUGACUGUGAUUACGAGGAGUGGAGCCCGUCCCUGGUGCUCAUCCCCACCAUCUACCUGCUGGUUUUCCUGCUGGGUACCACUGGCAACGGCUUGGUGCUGUGGACCAUCUUCCGAGGAGGGCAAGAGAAGCGGUGUUUGUCCGACACCUUCAUCGCCAACCUCGCCAUGGCUAACCUGACCUUCGUCGUCACCCUGCCUCUUUGGGCUGCCUACACCUGGCUGGGCUACCACUGGCCCUUCGGCUCCUACGCCUGUAAGCUCAGCAGUUACCUGGUCUUCGUCAACAUGUACGCCAGCGUCUUCUGCCUGAUGGGCCUCAGCAUUGACCGCUACUUGGCCAUCGUGCGGCCCAUGGCUAAUGCCAAGAUGAGGUGGAGGGCCAGCGGGCUGGUGGCCACCGUUGCCCUGUGGGCCUUGGCGGCCAUUUUGGCUUUGCCAGCCAUGAUCCUCCGGCGAGCAUCGGUGCUACCCGGGGAAACCAAGGUGACGUGCUACAUGGACUACUCAGGCAUGGUGGCCAACGGGACCGAGGGGGCCUGGGAAGUGGGGCUGGGCCUGUCUUCCACCAUGCUGGGCUUCGUGGUCCCCUUUGUCGUCAUGCUGACCUGCUACUUCUUCAUCGCCCGCACCAUCGCUGACCACUUCCGGAAGGAGCACGGCGAGGAGAUGAGGAAGAGGAAACGGCUGCUGAGCGUCAUCAUCGUGCUGGUGGCCACUUUUGCCCUCUGUUGGCUGCCCUUCCACCUGGGGCAGACCAUCUAUGUGCUGAUGGACAUGGACAUGAUGCCCUGGUCCUGUGGUUUCCACGCCUUCCUCAAUAACUUGCACCCCUACUGCACCUGCGUGGCCUACAUCAACAGCUGCCUCAACCCCUUCCUCUACGCCUUCUUUGACCCCCGCUUCCGGCAGGCCUGUACCGCUGUCCUGUGCUGCAGCCGGGGGCGCUGGCCGGGGUCCAGCAAGGACAGGUCAGCCAGCUACUCCUCCGGCCACAGCCAGAACCUGCAGGGGAAGGGUGUGGAACUGCAGCAGGAGAAACUGGGUCCAGGGAGGCAGGAAACUCUGCUACGAGGCUAAGAGAAGUGGGAGGGCACAGACCCAUCUUCAGGGACAUCCUUUGCUGCCCCCUGUCUUCCAUUGCUUCUCUCGCGCCUUCUUUUUUCUUUUCUCUCCGCCACUGCUUCCCUCGUUCAUCCUUCGUCCUCUUCCAUGUCUCCUUUUACUCCUCCUCCAGCUCCUGUGAGGAGAAGGUGUCCCGAGGUCUGUGGCUGGCCCGCAGAAACUCAAUGCCACCCUUUGGCAUGGCACGGUCUGCUAGAGGCCUGUCUACAGUGCAGCCGGAAGAAGCCUCCCAUAUUCCAGCCCUAGUCACUCCAAGGGCUUGGGACCCACACAAUAGAUCCAGUGCUUGUCUGUCUCACCAGCAGCAGUGUAGACAUGGCCUGGAGGGCUCAUGACCCAGAAGCAGACAACCCCAGGAAUGAGGGUUUUCUGCCUUUCUGAAUUACUGUUCUUUUUUCUGGUCACUGCCUGGGCUUUGGGAGUAGGGUGUUAAUGGGAGGGGGUAGGGGUGGAAGACUCCCCUCAAGUAACCGCCCUCUGAACAUGGCUCCCCCUCCCUACUCUAGAGAUAGCCUCAGGGAUCAGGGUCUGAUGCAGGGGGUAGGGAAUUUUUUUGGGGUGGGGGGGCCGCUGACCCACAGAGAAAUCAGUCGGGGGCCACACAAGUGAGAAGUGAGAAAAAAAAUCCCUCACUGAUGUGGCCACUGUCUGAGAAGAGCCCCCACCCUUCGCCCUGGAAUGUCACACUUCUGUGGGGUGUGUGGGUGAGGGGGAGGAGGAAAAGUCUGCCCCCCCAUCCAGACCCUCCUCCCCCUUCUCAUUAGGCCUUUGCCAAUAUCCAGACCCCCAUGGUAUUGGAUACAGUGUCCCCCUCUGCCCCCCAGCUGUGGGGCUGAGGGAGCUGA